CAUUCCCGCGACGACGACGAGCCAGCACAGCGAGAUCGAGCGAGAAGAGAGGAGGAGAUGGAAGCGGCGCGCCGGCCUCGCGUGCUCGCCGAGGUCGACCCCCACAGCGAGUGGGUGCGCGGGCCCGAGUUCGACACGCUCGUUGUCGAUGUCACAGGGUUCGGCAAGGACCACCUGAAGGUGCAGGUGGAGCCGUCGGGGAGCCUCAAGGUCAGCGGCGAGCGCGCCGUCGACGGGGGCGGGGGGCGGCAGUGGUGCCACUUCACCAAGCGGUUCGACCUCCCCGCCAGCUGCGACUGCGACGCAGCGGAGAUCAAGGUCCAGCUCGACAAGGGCAUGCUCUACGUCCAGGUGCCGCACAACGGUGCCGGCGCUGGUGGGAACCCGGCGGCGGAGAUGUUCGAGGAUCCGCUGGCGCUGCAAGGAGAAGCCGAGAUCGGCGACGACGCCGACGGCGGCUGGAAUAUCGGCCCCGUAGCGGCGCGGCAGGAGGAGCGGCACCCACUGCUGCGGCUCGCCCGGGGCCUCAGCAGGCACCGGCAGGUGGUCCUGAACGUCGUGCUCGCCAUCGUGCUCUUCUGGCUUGUCGCUUUCGCCAAGAACGACUGAGCCACUGAGGUGCGGGAUCAAGAACUGUGUCUUCUGUACAGUGACAACAUGCAUGGAAGCGAGCAAUGAAACACCUCUGCAAAUAAUUAAGCAAGAUCGGGGUGUGGCUCAAUGUGCAUCAUUAGUAUUCGGUACUUACAGUCAAGCAUCACUAAGGCUGUCCGCACCGGUGUCAUGUAAACCUUCCUACGGUACAGAUACAAAGGAAAACUCUGCACCGGCA